CGAGCCCCGCCGUCUUCCCCUCCGUCUUUCUCUCGUCUUCCUCGUCUUCGUCAUUCAUUUCCCUCUCUUCUUCUUCUUCUUCUUCUCUUCUUCUUUCUCUUCUUCUCUUCUCUCUCUUCAUACUUCCUCUACUCCCACUCAAUCGUACUCUCCCCAUCCACCAGAUUCAUCUUCCGUCUCUCACCUCGUCUCUUCCACUCAUCCUACCAACCACUAUUCAAGAUGCCUCGCCAAUUCUUCGUCGGUGGUAACUUCAAGAUGAACGGUACUGCGGAGAGCAUUACCGCCAUCAUCAAGAACCUCAACGAGGCUAAGCUCGACGAGUCGGCCGAGGUGGUGAUCUCGCCUCCCUCGCUGUACCUGCUGACUGCCCGCGAGGCCGUCUCCGACAAGAUCGGCGUUGCGUCGCAGAACGUCUUCGACAAGCCCAACGGUGCCUUCACCGGUGAGAUCAGUGUCGAGCAGCUCCGGGACGCCAAGAUCAACUGGACCAUCAUCGGCCACAGCGAGCGCCGUGUGAUCCUGAAGGAGAGCGACGAGUUCAUUGCCCGCAAGGUCAAGGCUGCCGUUGACGGUGGUGUCAGCGUCAUCUUCUGCAUUGGUGAGACUCUCGAGGAGCGUGAGGCCAACAAGACCAUCGAUGUUGUCACCAGACAGCUCAACGCCGUCGCCAAGGAGCUGUCCAAGGAGCAGUGGGCCAAGGUUGUCAUUGCCUACGAGCCCGUCUGGGCCAUCGGCACCGGCAAGGUCGCCACCACCGAGCAGGCCCAGGAGGUGCACGCCGCCAUCCGCAACUGGCUCAAGGAGGCCAUCUCCGCCGAGGCCGCCGAGAACACCCGCAUCAUCUACGGUGGCUCCGUCAGCGAGAAGAACUGCCGCGAGCUGGCCAAGGAGGCCGAUGUCGACGGUUUCCUGGUUGGCGGUGCCAGCCUGAAGCCUGCCUUCGUCGACAUUAUCAACGCUCGUCUGUAAGCAAUUACGACCAUCGUAUGAUAACGUGAUAUGAUACCCGUGCCAGCAAGUCAACCCACCCCCCUAAUCCGACAUGCUGGCCUUGCUGGUAGGGGACUUAUGUGAAAAGAACCUUAACCUCUUCCAUCCAACCACGGCGGACACCACGCACCCCUCCCAACCCCGCCUCGCUUCUACUAUAUGAAAGUGCAUAUACCGAUGAGCAACCACCGAUGUCUAUAAAAAAUACCACAAAAUCUAUUUCUCUUCAUUCCUGC